AUGGUCUCUGCAUCCAAGGACGUACGAAAGAUUGCAGUAGAUGUUGCAAUGUUCGCAGUCUCGAAUAUUGCACUUUACUAUGCAUUCAAGUAUGUGAUGUCCUCCUUGGACCCACAGCAAGAGAAGCGCAAGGCCGCAAAGGCAAAGAGCGCAAAGGUCUUGGAUAGACUAGGAGUCAAAGAACUCGAACUGACAGAAUACGAAGAAAUUAUCGCGGCAGAAGUCAUUCACCCAAGCGACAUAACUACAGGAUUCGAGGACAUCGGCGGCCUCGACCCUAUCAUUUCCUCUCUCCGCGAAUCAGUGAUUUACCCACUAUGCUAUCCAGAACUUUUUGCUUCUAAUGCAGGACUCUUGGGCGCACCAAAGGGUGUCCUGUUAUACGGCCCCCCGGGCUGUGGGAAGACUAUGCUUGCCAAAGCACUUGCCAAAGAAUCCAACGCCACAUUCAUAAACAUCGCCGUCUCGGUCCUAACCAAUAAAUGGUACGGCGAGUCCAACAAACUCGUCGCUGGGCUGUUCAGCCUUGCACGAAAGAUGCAGCCUGCCAUCAUAUUUAUUGAUGAGAUUGAUUCGUUUUUGGGAGAACGAGGACGAGGCGAUCACGAGGUGACAGGGAUGAUGAAGGCUGAGUUUAUGACAUUAUGGGAUGGUUUGGCCUCGGGUGAGAACACGCGGAUUCUGGUUCUAGGAGCGACAAAUCGGCCAAAUGAUAUCGACCAAGCGAUCUUGAGGAGGAUGCCCAAGAGGUUUGCCGUCCGACUACCAGAUCUGGAACAGAGGACUAAGAUCCUUAGUUUGAUGCUUAAAAAGAGCACUCUGGCACCUGGCCUUUCCAUCAGUGAACUCGCUCGAAGAUCGGAAGGGCUUAGUGGAAGCGAUUUGAAGGAGAUGUGUCGAAACGCAGCAAUGGUUCCUGUACGAGAAUACAUGCGUCAGAACGGAGGGUCGAUUGAGGAUAUGCGCAAGGGUCAGGCAGAGGGAUUCAAACUGCGCCCACUCGCUAUGUCCGACUUUUUCGCUUCGGACGGCACAACCCAACCUGUCGUAAAUGCACCGUACGGUAUCGGAGUGACUCAAGAAUCGUUAGACUAG